AUGAAGCUCUUAUCCGCUAGCAUUGGUGCUCUCUUGGCACUUGCACAGCUAGGCGCCUCCCAGAAAAUCGUUGGCGCUGCGCAAGGUUUUGCUUCUGGCGUAACUGGUGGAGGUAGCGCUGAACCCCAGACUCCGAGAGAUAUCAACGAGCUCAAGGCGUGGCUUACUGACGACACCCCGCGUGUGAUUGUUCUUUCCAAGGAAUACGACUAUACGAAAACCGAGGGCACGGAUAGUGGAAAUGUUUGUGCUAGCUGGGGUACAGGCCCCAAAUGUCAGAAGAUUAUCCAAAAGGACUGUGGCAGCUCUCCUUCAUCCACUGGAACCUGGUACAAGGCGGCCAAAACCCCCAUUGAUGUCGCCUCCCACAAGACGAUCCUUGGUGUGGGUAAUAAGGGUAUCAUCAAGGGCAAGGGUCUGAGGUUCCGUGGCGGUGCUUCCAACAUCAUCGUGCAAAACAUCCAGAUCACUGAUUUGAACCCUGAGUAUGUGUGGGGUGGCGAUGCCAUCUCUUUCGAUGGUGCUGAUCUGGUUUGGAUUGAUCAUGUUACGACUGCCCGCACUGGACGCCAGCACUACGUAUUUGGCUUCAACACUAGCACCCGCGUGACUCUUUCCAACAACUUUAUCAACGGUGAAAGCCCCUACUCCACCGGCUGCAACGGAUACCACUAUUGGACAUUUGAAAUGGUCGGCGAAGGCGACCAGAUUACCUUGCAGAACAACUACAUCUACCGCACUGCUGGCCGCAGUCCUGCUCUCAGUGGAGGUACCCUCUUGCACGCCGUGAACAAUGUCUGGGAGGGCAACAACGGCCACGCACUCGAGGGAGGAGAGGCAACUGCCAAGGGCAUCUUCGAGGGCAACGCUUGGGUCGACGUCAACAGCAUCGUCGCAGACUACAAGGGCAAGGCUUUCACCUCCCCUGAUGCCUCAACCAACAAGAAGUGCAGCGCGGCCCUAGGUCGUGCGUGUGAAGUCAAUGUUUUCCCCAACUCCGGCAAGCUUUCUCCUCUCACGGAUACCUCGUUCUUCUCGGAUUUCAAGGGUCUCAAGAUUGCGCCUGCUACUUCGGCUGCUGAGGCGCAGACUAAUGUCCCCAAGAACGCGGGCGCGGGCAAGAUUUAA